AACACAGUGGGCAUUGAAGCCAUUAAAGAGGCUGUGGGGUCCCCAUCUGCUCAUCAGAGCACCUUACAACCUCCACUGAAACCACAGGCGCUCUGCAAGAGGUCGCGCAGCGCUGCAGGAGAUGCACAUGGCGGAGAUUAAAGAAGAGGAGAAAGGAGAGGAAGUCAGCUUGAAGGUAGCAAACCACAGAGGCUGUCAAGAAGUGAUGGAGGCGGUGUCAAGGUGCACAGACUGAAAGACGCCUCGGAAACGACAACAAGGUCUGUGAGAACGAUAAAGAUUUUGGCUCAGUUUGUGAUGUUUGCUGCAGCUGGAUGAGAAGGGGAAGCCCUGGCCUGAGUCGGACCUGCAGAAAUUGCAGAAGCGAGACCACCCACCGCCUGAUUCUCACUUCAAAAACUAUAAUCCCGUCUACUUUCAAGGGGAAGAAGUAUCGUACGUUACAGGGCGUGUGAGUGGCAGCCAAAGAGGAAGCAGCUCUGGCUGUUUUGUUUAACAAAUUAAUGAUGUUUUCGGAGGAAGAUUUCUCAGUUGAGCUGGAUGUGACCGGAUAGUAACGAGCGAAGAGAUCAUGAGGCUUGAGCACCGCUGGGUUGUCCUGAUUUGGUCCAUUUGGACCAUCCAGUUCCUCACCACUGAGGCUGACGAUGACGACUGUACAACAGAUCUAAAAGUUCGUCGGAACACGAUUUAUAAAGCGUCUCUGGGACAAGAACUCAGGAUUGAAUGUCCAGUUGUGUUCUGCAGCAAUUUACCACCAACAAUCUGCUGGUAUAAAGUUAAGGAAGAACAUAUUUGUCUCAAUGACAACAAUAGCAAUCACAUGAAGACAGAAUGGAAAAGAUCAAAUCCGUCAGAAGGGAUAUUCUACUUGUUAUUUCAAGGCAUCAUCAGCAAUGAUUCAGGUGAAUAUCGGUGUAAAGGUGGAGGCAGUAGGAGUCACAUCAUCUACAUCAAAGUUUAUGAUAUGGACACAAACGACACACGUAAACCAAUAACCAAUGACACAAACAACAAACCCGAAACUGAUCCAGCAGAUACAUUUUUGAUGUAUAUGUACUCUGCUGCUGGGAUUGGUUCCUUUGUCAUCAUAGUGAUUAUUAUUUCUGUGAUAUGCAUGGUAGGGUGUAAAGGGAAGUCAAAGAAAGAGAAACAAAAAGAAAAUCAGUAUAUGGAGAUGCCGUUGGCUGAGCGAGUCGUCCCAAACACCACCGGGAUCCAGCACUCACCAAGAGGAAGCCCCAACCUGCUGCCACCCCGCAGGCCCAGCGGGAGAAAAACCACAGGGCAACCUGCGGAGCUGACGCCAUCGAGAGACAGCCAGCCGCCUUACGGCCAGAGGACACGAGACAGAAACAGGAAUGGGGCGCAGGCGGAGGAAGCAGGUUCUGUUGUGUAUGCUGCUCUCAACCAUGUACCCCCACAGAGGGAAGCUCCCCGGCCACAGAGGCAGAUAGAGGAGACAGAGUACGCAGCUAUACGUUUGGUUUGAAGACUGAGAGUCUGCUGGAAUAAAUCACACUAGAGGAAUGAAGUUUGAAUCUGGAUCUUCCUCUCCAGAGGAGCACAGGAUGGAUUCCUCACAGCAAGGAUUCUGGAAUCAAACAACUCAAAUCAUGACUUCCUUUACCUUUCGGAAACACCGAUCUUACAACAGAACAUGCUGACGGAUUUGCUUAAGCAUAAUACGACAUCGGCAUCACAAACUGGAUGUGUGGUUUCUACUGUUCUGUUUGGGAUGGAAAAUGUUCCAGCUGAAAUCAAGAACAUCAGCGUCACUGCAGGCAGUAGCCUGCGGAGUUAAAAGCACGUUUCACAUCCUUCAUAAGUAAAACCAAAAGGAAAUGAACCAUGUAACUUUUUUUAUGAUUGUUUACCAAAAGGAAUUCAACAUUUGUCUAAUUUUCUUCAAUCUGCACUUUGUUUAAAGACCCUUUUCCUGGCCUUGGUGCUUUACAAGAAGUAAACCACGAUGGCUAAAUGAGAUGAAUAAGUAGGUUAUCCCACCCACAGAAAUCAGUCAGCGCUUCCUCACCAACUCAGUGCACAGAAAAUGUCUAAACAACCACAAUAGAGCUGAUGGAGCUAGCAAACCCAAACCGCUUAGCUAAAUACACGCUAGCUAGUUGGUACCACAGCAUAAUAAAGAGCUUAAAGAGACUAAACCCUUAUUUUGUAACCAUGUCUAAUUUGCUUAAAGACAAUUUUAUUAUCUUUUUGUCUUCCUCCACCAGUGGCUUAAGACCUAAAAAAGUAAGCUAUUCUCUGUAGUUAGCGUGUAGCAAACACAAAGCUAAAAGAAACCAAACACCAAAAAGUUACCAUAUUAUUAGUUGUGUUUCAAGAAUAGCCAUAGGUCGUCAUAUUUUACUUUCUUAAACUGGAAAUGUUGAGUCACACACGAGCUAGAAGACACGUUUUGGAAAUAAUUGAUAUUCAGCAGCUAGCUUGAAUGAGAACUAGAAAAAACAUAUUGAUUUGGCUAAUUAUAUCAGGCAUUUAGAUAAAAGUAAAUAUGUAGCAUGUUAAUGCAUUAGGUGCUGGUCAAAAUGACCAAAUGACCAGGUUUGAAAAGAUUUGUCUACCACAGGAUUAUGUUAUUUCUAUUAGUAAUCUAAUACUACAGUGUAAACUCAAAAUGGUUUGUAGCCCAACAUAUUUAACCAACAUGCUUGUUCAAUUUACGAAAAAGGUUAGAGAAUUAAACUGAUAAACAUUGGUAAAGUACAUGAGUGCUAAAUUGUAGAAGUAGGCAGGAAUAAAAUGCAAAUUAAGGACAUAGAUUCGAAAAAUGGUGAGUUGAUCUGGAAACUUUUUAACUGGCAAAAUCAUAAUUGUAAUAUUCAGUUUACAAACUUUCCUACAGAAACAUCAAAUUUGUAUUUUCUUCUUCAAAUUCGUCUUCAUUCACUGUAUGUUUUUCUUGCUCUGCUACGAGGUACAAGUACAGCCGUUAUUUGGACUCUUUCCUCAAAUAUGAAACUUAGUUUUUUUGUGUGACAAUCAAGCAGUAAUUCAGAUCUUUGACAAUAAUGAAUGCAAUUACAGUCUACAAACUGAGCAUGUAAACUACAAUGUGUGAUAUACACAGGGGAA